AUGUGGAUCCGAGGCGGACUAAAUGAUAGGCGGGGGAGAAGGCUCGUUAAGUCUGUAUUUACUGCAGUUUUCGCGCCAUCGCUUGACAACAUGCUCCUGGCAACUGCAUGUGCUCGCCUCUACCGUGUACGAUUUCAAGACCAUUGCCUGCUGGUAACUGUUCGCGGCAGUGCAGGCUUCAUCCUCUCGGAUGGUUUUCGGCUUCGGACAACUUCUCGGCCAACGAAUGCAGUGUUUCACCAGGCGACAACUGCGAGCGCCUGGAUUGAACAAGAAUUGGGUGUAGCAUUUGACGAGUCUGGAAGAAAGGAGGGAGGAAAAUAUGUCAUAUCAAAAAGCGUAUUUUAG